AUUAGAUGGCUAUAUAUCAAAAUCUAUUCAUAUUAUUGCUAAAAAAUAAUAAAUAUUGUUGUUUAAAACUUCUUUAACGUUAAUCGAUGUUGAUUCUAGACAUAUUUGAUAUUCACGAUUCUUUCAAUAUUUUGGCACGAGAAUCACAUAUCCACCUUAAACUGUUACACAUUUACAUGAUCCUUCAUUAAAUUAAAAAAUUACAAGAUAAAAUAAGUAUUUUCUGUAUUUUUACUUCAUUUACCUAUGGGGAGUAAAAGCUGCUUUUUUCUUUCCGAAAUCUUAGAUCCUAAAAAUAAAAUUCCGAUCAAUAGUAAAAAGUCAAUUUCGUGCAUAGAACGUGUAAAAUUGAGGAUAUAACAGGGUUUUAUUCUGAAAAUCCCUUUUAUUCUUUUACUUGACAUCAACAUCAAAGCUCUCUAGAUCCUAAGUUUGUGUAAAAUACCAAACAAAAAAUUUUGAUAUUCAUCCAAAUAAUUUGUAAUGGCUGAACCAGUCACAGCUCCAUCAGAAAAUACCGAUUCUAUUUCAAGUACAGAUGGAUCUAACACACAGUUUGGAGACCAUGGGUUUCCUUGGUUUCAUAGAUUUAUGGAUAAACACCAUCCUAAGCUAGUUAAAACUGCUUUAUUCUUUUCUGGACUAACCCUUCUCUUCCCCCUAAGAAUAGGGUUAAAUAGUGCAUCAUACUGUCUUAAACGAUUUAAACUGGACGAAGAAUUCUUUAGUCUGUAUGUAAACAGGGUUCACAAUGCUAUGGAGAUUGGUUGUAUGCUUGCAGUUACCAUUGGGAACAUAUAUGUUCUAUCAUAUGGGAAAUACAUGGAGGCAAUAUCCAUAGCUAUCAACUGGUUGGUAUUCUUGUUUGAGAUUGUCUUAUUGGUUGUCUUUAUAAGCGGUGGAGUGCUCGGGAGGUUAACUAUGUUUUAUUGGUCAUUAGUAGCUUCUACAUUUAUAUACGGACUAAAUCAAGUGUGUGCAUUUAAGAUGGGAGGAGAAGAUAUCGUGUAUUUUAUGGCUUCCAUGCCCAUUUCGGGUAUUUUGACAUCCUUCAUGCAAUUCUGUUUUUUGCGUGCUUUUGGAGACAGGAAUAUUUAUAACACUGAUUUACUUGUGGUCGCUUUUCAGUUGGGUGUAUUUAUAUUCAUCAGCUUAAUAAGUGCGUCAAUAUGGACCUUGGCAUAUUUGGAACAAAUUCCGAAGAAUAAAAAUUCAAAAAAAUUAGACGAUUCGAAUGAUAAAAAUAAAACAAUUACAACAUGUUCCUCUUCAAAUUCAAUUGCACAAACAAAACCAAACGACUCAAAAGGGGAUGGAUCAACUGAUGAAAAUAAAAUGGAAACAGAAUCCAAAAAGUUUACUCCUCAUGCAAUUUCUGGAAUGUUAAUGUGUAUAAUUGGUCUCGGAAUAAUUUAUGCAGUUUACCCAGGUAUUGCUCCAGGACAGAUUAUGGACUUUGAAAACCUGCAAAGGUUAGAAAUGAUAAACUUGAUUGUUUCAGCUCUUCCAUCGUUGAUUAUAGCUUUGAUUUCAGAAGUUACAAAUUAUGGGCCUAAUAAACCAUGGAAAGGGGGUAACUCUUUCUGGCACGGAUUUAUUAUUUUCGUUAUCAUCGAAAUUGCAGUUGGUAUUAUGAUUAUCUUUUCAUUACACCACAAACAUACAGCAUUAGCACGAUCGAUUAUUGGGAAACCUGUAAUGGCUUCAUUUUUGACAAUGACGUACUUCACAUGCCACAUUAUUGCGAUUGGAGUAGGAUUCCCAGGAGUUGACGCCAACUCAAACGGGACCAUCGGAACAGUUAACCUGUUCCUAUCACUCUUGUUCAUGAAUCUAUUAGAGUUGCUUGGUGAAGGAUAUGUAGUGGAAUACAAGAAAUACACCGAAACCACCUGGCCCACAGGCGGAAUGACUGACUGUGAAGCCUUAAGAUUCUGGCUUAGGCGGGCAGCUGCAAAUGCAUGGAUAAGCUUAAAAUCAAGCGUAACAACGGAUGUACGAAGAAAAUUACUAUCAUCUGUGAGAUGACGAAGAAACGAAUUAUUUAUUCAUGGUUAUAUGUAUAUAUGUAUGGAGGGAAAUUGAGGUAUAGUUAAUAGUAAGAUUAUGAACUGAUUAAUUUUUAAUAGAGGAUUUCGCCUUAAUUAAAACUGAUUAAGGUAGGCUUUUGCUUAUUUUAUAGAAAUCAGACCUGAUAGGGUCUAGAAUAGCCAUUUGAUGGAGGACCUAAAGAAGUAUAAAAGUGCACUGAUACCUCUUCAUCUGGUUUUAAUUUUUUCAGAAGCCUUAGAAGUUGAAGAGAAGGAGGUUGUAAUUUUAUGAUUUUAACGAGGCAUAUACUCAGAGGACCCUCACCUAAAAUAAUAUAAAUAUAUAAAACAAA